AUGCCACACAUUGCAGUAGAAGGAUGUUGUCAUGGUGAUCUCGACAAGAUCUAUGCAACACUAGAGCAUGCCAUUGAACAAAAACAAUUAAAGGAUCAACAAGAAUUAGCCUUGAAAUCUGUCGAAUCGGAUGAUGAUUUUUUAAAUGCUCUCGAAGAAUACAAAAAACCAAGCAUUGAUCUCUUACUUGUUUGUGGAGAUUUUGAAUGUAUUAGACAUGCAGAUGAUUUAAAUAGUAUGAGUGUACCUGAUAAAUAUAAGGAAUGGAAGGAUUUUCACAAAUAUUUCCCUCAAAGUCAACUCCGAAAGGAAGGAGAAGAAACUAAAGUAGCACCAAUGCCAACAUUAUUCAUUGGAGGAAAUCAUGAAGCUAGUCUCUACUUGAUGAGUUUACCAUUUGGUGGAUUUGUGACUGAUAAAAUUUAUUUUAUGGGAAAUUGUGGAUUUGUUCAAUUCAAGAAGAAGUUUUCAAAUGGUAGAAUGACCAGUAUGAGAAUUGGAGGUUGGAGUGGAAUUUAUAAGGAUAAUGAUUUUUGGAAGGAUAGUGCAAGAUUUUUACUUCCAAAACAAGAAAAGGGACUCGCUCAGGAAGAAGAUACAAACCUAGGAACUACUCUGUUCGAUGAACAACAUGUACCAUUCUCUGAGAAUGCAAAGAGAAGUGUUUAUCAUGUGAGAUUUUUCGAAUUUUGGAAAAUAAUGAAUAUGAAACUAUGUUUGAAAGCUAAAGAAGAAAGUCAACCUCUUGAUAUUUUCCUUUCGCAUGAUUGGCCAACUGGAGUGACUAGACAUGGUGAUUUGACAAAUAUUAGACGUUUUAAGGAUCAUGUAAUGAAGGAAAUUGAGGAAUCAGAUCACAAACUUGGAAAUCCUUGGGGAGAGAAAUUAUUGACCGAAUUAGAGCCAAAGUUUUGGUUUGCUGCCCACAUGCAUUGUAAAUUCUCCUCCGUUGUUACACAUACAGAGACAGUUUCUCAAUCUAGCACUUUGAAGAAGAAUACCAAAUUCCUUGCUCUGGAUAAGUGUUUACCAAAGAGAGACUUUUUACAAAUGGUUGAUAUGGAUCACUAUAUUGAAUACGCCAACCACGAUGAACUAUUGGAAAAUGAAAAGGAAGGAGAAUACUAUUUUGAUUUGGAUUGGCUUGCCAUCACAAAAUUGUUCCAUGCCUACAGAUAUGAAAUCUCCAAAUUAUUGAAACAACCAAAUAUUCAAAAGAUUCAAAGAAAUGCCGAUCAACUAGACAAGAAUUUCAAUUAUUCUCAAAUUGUAGAACACGUCAACUCUACGCCUCUCCCAUUCAUAAAGAGUAGAAUGUAUCCUCUCUUCACUUUGGAAGAAAUUGAGAAGGAAAAGAAUUGGAUUCUCGAGAGAAGUAAGACCUAUGAUGAUGGAAAGUUUGCCAAUUUGCGUAUCCCAAUACCAACAAGCUAUUCUUUGGGUGCUUUGAAUGGUAAUGUAAAUGAAAGAUUGCCACUUCAAAUGAAUCCUCAAACUGUUGAACUAUUGGACUUUCUUGGAUUGAAUGAAUAA